AAACAGAAUUUACUUUACUGUCGACAUUUCCUCCAGUAAACAUGACGUCUACUGAAGCUCGUACACACACACACACACACUCUGUAAGAGUAGCCUUUAGUCGGUGGAAAUGCGGAGGUGACCUGUACUGUACCUCUCGGUGGAAGCGGGCCACUGGUUAGUUGAUCGUGUGACUGGGAGAUUUUCACCAGCAGUUAGAGUUUACUCCAUGUUCUCCAGUUGUAAACCUCUGAGUUUCCUCUGAACGUUCCAGCACUCUCAAAAUAGUCACCAGAAGAAAGCCGCAUCACGUCCUCCACUGGCCUCAAACCGAGGAGGACAGGACGACCUUCAGCUGAUGGAGAGCAGGAGAACGUCUGCGUCUGCUGAAAGCAUGAAGGAUAGAAGAGAGACGGCAGAUGUUCCAGCAGGAGACGGUCAGCCAGAGCACACUGAUGCUGACAGACUGCUGGAGUGAAGAGCACAGCCAUGCGGAGCAGGACUAGAGUGCACUGCGCGCUGUAGGGCUGUAGUUUGGUUUGGGACACUCUCGGGCCUCUGUUUGCUGUUUUUUUUAUAUCUGGAGAGAUGAGAGAUCAUCACAGUGGAGCUGGAGGAACGAGGCAGCACAGUGAGAAACCCACAGCUCUACUGCACAGACACAUGAGCAGCAGCCGGGUCAGAUGCGGACACUGAGGGGAAACACCCCAUCACUGACCUCGCUCCCCCAUCAGAGUCAGAAUAACCUGCAGAGUUCUGCCAGAUUACUGAUGAGGACUUCCUCAGAGGACGCACUGAAGGACGGAGCCGUCUCUACUGAUCAGCAGUUCCUCCUCAUCUGCUUUGAUGAAGCGUCUCCAUGAGCUCAGGUGUGCUCUCGAUACCUUUUCCUUCAGGAGUCUCUGGGCUGUGAUUGGCUCUCUGCAACACUCAUUUAAUCAUAUUCUGCAACAUUAACACACACACACACACACUGAGCCUGUAACAGCAGAAACCCUCCACUGAGCAGGUAACCCACACCUGUGGAGGAGCACCUUUAACCUGAAUAUCCCUCAUUCAACAUCACCGUGAGCUUCAGUCAUCUACAUACCAUCAGCGUAAAAUCCUGGAGAAAAUCAGGCCAAUCAGAACAAAAACAGACUCAUUAAUAUGCAAGUCACGCCUUAUAUUGCUUCAUCAGUGGAUCAUCAUCAUCAUCAUCAGUCCUUUAUCGAUGUGUCUCCAGCACAGAGAGGAUCUACGUCACUUUCCAGAACCUUCUCCUUCACUGUUUCCCAGUGGUGGGCUGAUCUUCUCAUUCCCACACACACUGCAGACUCACUGCUGUCCUUCACACCACAGCUGAACCCUCAUCAUCUGUUCCCAGAUCAGCUGAGCACUCCUGUACUCCAGCACUGAAUUCUCUGAGCACUAACUUCCUGUGUAUAAUCAGCACUUCCUGUGUGUGCCGCCUCGCCGUGUGCAUGUGCUGAACCUGCUGAGGGUACACUAAUGCUCAUCAGGUGUACAGGUGAGCUGCUUCACCAUGAGCUGAAAUAUCUCAACACUGAAGUAUGUUUAUAUAGUGUGUGUGUGUGUGUGUGUGUGUGUGUGUGUGUGAACAUGACCAGAGCUCAUUAAUAUUCAUGAUUCCUCCAAAUAAGGUAAAAGCUGAGGCGGUACCUGUGUUUCUGCUGAAUUAGACAGACUCCACUUUACAGUCUGGAAAACUCAGAUGAGAAGGGGCGGGGCGUGUUGAAUAGUCCCUCCUCUUUUUAAAAACAGCCAAUAGCAGCAUCAGUAUUGUAAGUUUCUGCUCACAUGAAGCUCUUCGGGCGAACCCCGCGGUGGACAGCAGCUCUACUCCUUCACCUUCCCUUUUCAUGAAUAAAGCCACACUAACCCCGCACACCUGUCCGCAGAGGGGCUUGAGUUUCUCUGUGUUGCUCUACAGUCAGUGUUUCAGCCAUAAAUGAGCAUACAGAACCGUUAAUUAGCCGGCUCAUUUAAAUAUGCAUGACAAUUCAUGAGCUGAUUUGCAUUGGCUAGUUGGGGCUGAGCGGUGCUUCGCUGUGCUUCACUGAAGGAACUCUUAUAGGUGACGCGGAGGCUCCAGGGCCGCGGCGAGCUCAUCUUCAGAUCGGUUGAAGGAGGGAGCGGAAUCAAACCGGAGACUUUGCGCUGUUUAUCUUCAUUCGGCUCAUGUUGCUCCGCCAUUUUGGCUCUAUGUGACGUCACGCGUCAGGUGGUGUUGACAGCUGCGGGAGUUGCGCCGCCUUCAGCCACGUCAAUGUUUCGGACGGUAUUCGGUGCGUCCGGUUCAAGUGUCCGCGUUUCCCGGUGAAUACAGGAGUUUGCGUUGCUGCGUGUCCUGCUGUCAGGAGCCGAACUGAACUCAGAUCAGUGAAUAUUUGACCGUCAAACUUUCCCGCACUCGCGGAGCUUCAGCGCGCUCGCUGUCACUCGCUUUCCCUAAUAUAUAUGGAAGCCACGCCCCUUUAUUUGCAUUUCAUAACAGCGCAGCCGCGCCGCCGCUGUCUGUGAUCGCGCGAUGCUCUGCGGCGACAGAACGACCGUCGCCGGAUCCACAUUACCGACAGCACCGAAUCGCGGCGAUUCUCGACCGGAUCGUGACGCGUUCCAGCUCCGGGCUGCGAUUGGCCGCUGAGCCCCGGAGGGCGUGUCCUGGGCGACGGCGUGGGUUCGCCUGUGUGACACAAUUACAACAACUUUAAUCUGGCGGCGGACAGUAACUUUCACCUUGUUUUACCGCGUUCGGGGUUUCUGAGAGCGAUCGGCCGCGGAGGCAUCGGGCCGCGGAGCGCACUUUAUUCCCACUAAACAAUGUGAGAAACGCGCCACCGGAGGGCCGACUCACUUCGCACGGGGCUUGAGGAACCGAAGCGCGCUUUACGGGGGAAAAGUUGGCUUUUAUUGUGGCUUUUGGACGCUCGGAGCUCGCCUGCGCUCCACUGCACGGCGCGGUUCCAUGAAGCCGUGCCGAGUGUCGGUGGCCGCCGCCGCUGCUCGACGCCUCAGCGCUGCUGGUGAUGAGGAGAAGAAAAUGGCGGCGGGAAAAGCGAGUGAACCCGAGGAGGAAUCACCGCGGCUGAGCGCGCAGGAGAGCGACACUCUGGCCCGCGUCGACAGCUCUCUGUUCGGAUAUCAGCGGCUUCAUGAAGAUGGCGCCAGCAUGAAGGCCCUGCUCGUGAAGGCUGUUCGCUGCUACGAGUCUCUCAUCCUGAAAGCUGAAGGGAAAGUGGAUCCUGAGUUCUUCUGCCAGCUCGGUCAUUUCAACCUGUUGCUGGAGGAGUAUCCGAAAGCGUUGUCAGCGUACCAGCGGUACUACAGUUUACAGUCAGACUACUGGAAGAACGCUGCGUUUCUCUAUGGCCUCGGGAUGGUUUACUUCCAUUACAAUGCGUUUCAGUGGGCGAUCAAGGCGUUUCAGGAAGUGCUGUACAUCGACCCCGGCUUCUCUCGCGCUAAAGAGAUUCAUCUACGCCUCGGCCUGAUGUUCAAAGUCAACACGGACUACGAGUCCAGCUUAAAGCACUUUCAGCUGGCGCUCAUCGACUCCAGCCGCUGCACUUUGUCCAAAGCGGAGAUUCAGUUCCACAUCGCACACCUGUAUGAGAUUCAGAAGAGACACCGAGCGGCCAAAGAGGCGUACGAGAGUCUGCUGCAGACGGAGGACCUGCAGACACCGGUGCGGGCCGCUGCGCUCCAACAGCUGGGCUGGAUGCACCAUACAGUGGAGCAGCUGGGAGAUAAAGCCAACAAGGACAGCUACGCCAUCCAGUGUCUGCAGAAGAGUCUAGAGGCCGACCCCAACUCCGGCCAGUCCUGGUACUUCCUCGGCAGGUGUUACUCCAGUAUCGGGAAGGUCCAGGACGCCUUCAUCUCCUACAGGCAGUCCAUCGACAAAUCGGAGGCCAGCGCCGACACCUGGUGCUCCAUAGGUGUGCUGUACCAGCAGCAGAACCAGCCCAUGGAUGCGCUGCAGGCCUAUAUCUGCGCAGUGCAGCUGGACCACAGUCACGCCGCCGCCUGGAUGGACCUCGGCACGCUGUACGAGUCCUGCAACCAGCCGCACGACGCCAUCAAGUGCUACAUCAACGCCACACGCAGCAAAACCUGCAGCAACACCGCUGCGCUCGCCGCACGCAUCAAAUACCUGCAGGCUCAGUUCUGUAAGCUCCGUCUCAAUAGUCUGCAGGGUAAAAGUAAAACACUUCCUAAUAUUGAGGAAGCCUGGAGCCUCCCAAUCCCAGCAGAGCUCACGUCCAGACAGGGUGUCCAGAGCACAGGCCCGCAGGCGUGUAAAGCUCAGCCCGGUGCGUCCAGCGGCUCUCAGGCCUCCGCUCCAGCUCUGCCUCCACACAGCACUGCACUGGAGCCAGCCGGAGCCCAGACCAGCCCCGCCCGCAGGAGGAGGAGCUCCAGCCCUGCACAGAGCUCUACAGAUUCUUGGAGCAGCGGGUCCGCACACACGCCGGUUCCGCACUGGUACCUGACGCCGCAGAAGCUGCAGUUGCUGGAGCAGCUGCGGGCCAGCCGGGCCAGUCUGAAACCUGCACAGCUGCAGAUGCUGGAGCAGAUGGAGGCGCAGCUGUCCGCCAUGCACCUCCACCAACAACAGAUGAGGCAGAACUCCUCUGGCCAGAUUCGGCCCUCGCUCUCCAAUGGGCCCUCACUGCCGGCCUCCCGCGGUCCUGCGCUACAGACGCUCCACAAUGGCCCCGGGCCCCGCCCUGGCCCUCAGACCCCUGCAGUCCGCAAUAAUCACACGGAGAGCAGAGCGAACGGAGACGUGCCUUACCUGCACCCCAACACACUACCUCACAACUGCACAAGCCCAGGAGCCGGCCGCAGGAGCCCGCAGCUCCCCCCCGCUCAGGGGCUUCAGAAAGGUCCGGGUUCUCAUUGGGCAGGUCCUAAUGGCAUCCGGUCUGACUCUUCCAGCGGUUCUGCUGAUGGCGGGCCUCAUAAUCAGGUUGUAGAUUCAGCGUCUGCGGGUGAUGCGGCGGGCAGCAGUGGGUCUCCCCCGCCCCGCAGGUGUUCCCCCUGCGCCCUCCCGCACACAGCUACCUCAGGUGCGCCGCACAGCACCAUCCCGACCAAAGAGAGCGCCGCCCUGCAGGCCAACGGCUCCACUGCCACUGACACCCACAGCCCGGCCUCACCCCACCGCCCACCCUCGCCUGUAUCCGCCACCACCACAGACAAUCCUCCGCUGCCCAAUCUACAGACUUUGCCCGCCACCGCGCCUGCCGCCCCCCUCACCCCUGUGGGCUCCACCCUGCCGGCACCGGGCAGCUCCUCCGCCUCCUCGCCUGCCUCUGCCCUGUCUGCCGCCUCCCCCUCCCCGCGCCCCGGUGACCCCACCACCCCCCUCAGGCCCUUGCAGGCCCCAGUCACCGUUAACGGCUGCUCUGAGGACUCUCGGAGCCCGCUGAAGCUGGAGCCAGAGCAGAGCAUCACAUCGUCUGCAGCACACCGGUCUGCCAGCAUCUCCAUCUACCCCACAUCCACUGACGCACUCAAGGCCUGCAGGAGUCUGGGCAGGAAUGGGCUGUCGAGCUGUAGUCUCCUGCUGAACCGUUGUCCGCCACCGCGCCUCCCUCCGCCUCCUGCACCACCACUGGAUAAAGACAAACUCAACCCGCCCACACCCAGCAUAUAUCUGGAGAAUAAACGAGACGCAUUCUUCCCGCCGCUUCACCAGUUCUGCACCAACCCCUCAAACCCUGUGACUGUCAUUCGCGGCCUGGCCGGAGCCCUGAAACUGGAUCUGGGCCUGUUCUCCACCAAGACGCUGGUGGAUAUGAACCCGGAGCACCUGGUGGAAGUGCGCACGCAGCUGAGCCAACCGGCUGAUGAGAACUGGGACGCCAGUGGGACACGCAAGCAGUGGCGCUGCGAGAGCACAAGGUCACACACCACCAUCGCCAAAUACGCACAAUACCAGGCGGCGUCCUUCCAGGAGUCACUGCGGGAAGAGAACGAGAAGAAGGGCCAGAAGGAGCUUUCAGACUCAGAGAUUGCGUCUUCGGAAAGUGUGUGCAGGAGGAGGAAAGGCCCUUUCAAACAGGUGAAGUUUGGGAUGAACAUCGACGUCUCCGACGAAAAGAAGUGGAAGCUGCAGCUGCAGGAGCUCAGUAAGCUGCCAGCGUUUGCGCGUGUGGUGUCGGCUGGGAAUCUGCUGAGUCACGUGGGCCACAGAAUCCUGGGCAUGAACACAGUGCAGCUCUGCAUGAAGGUGCCGGGCAGCAGGACUCCAGGUCAUCAGGAGCACAACAACUUCUGCGCUGUCAACAUCAACAUCGGACCGGGCGACUGCGAGUGGUUCGCUGUGCCGGAGCCGUACUGGGGCGUGAUGAGCGAGUUUUGCGAGAGGAACAACAUCAACUUCCUGAAGGGCUCAUGGUGGCCAAAUCUGGAGGACCUGUACGAGGCGCGGGUGCCGGUGUACCGCUUCAUCCAGCGGCCGGGCGAUCUGGUGUGGCUGAACACGGGCACGGUGCACUGGGGGCAGGCCAUCGGCUGGUGCAACAACAUCUCCUGGAACGUGGGUCCACUGACGGCACACCAGUAUAAGCUGGCCGUGGAGCGAUACGAGUGGAACAAACUGCAGAGUGUGAAGUCGAUGGUUCCCAUGGUGCACCUGUCCUGGAACAUGGCCAGGAACAUCAAAGUGGCAGACCAGCGGCUGUUCGAGAUGAUCAAGUUCUGUCUGCUGCGGACGCUAAGGCAGACUCAGAGCAUCAGGGAGUCUCUGCUGUCAGCCGGGAAGGAGACGCUGUGGCAGCGCAGGAGCCGAGAUGAACCCGCACACUACUGCAGCGUCUGUGAGGUGGAGGUGUGGAAUCUGCUGUUCGUGUGCAGUGAGGGCUCCCCCUGUAGGCCGGCGGCAGCAGUGCAGUGUCAGGAUUGCGCUCGUAAGGCCAGUGUGGAUCUGCAGGGCUUUGUGGUGCUCCAGCAGUUCCGCAUGGAGGAUCUGACGCAGCUCUAUGAGCAGUUCUCAUUAGCUCCAGCUCUGCACUCGUCUUCAUCCUGACAGUAGACGCUGCGCUGGAGUCUUCAGCUCCACAGGAACUCUAUCAGCGGACCUUUUCUGAUAUUCAGGACGCUCUCGGUCGUCUGUGGUGUGGCUGGUGACCAUCGACUCCAGCGGCUGUGUGUCUGUGCGUGCGUGAGUGUGUGUGUGUGUGUGUGUGUGUCUAUGCAACCUGUUUAUAAGGCGCAGUGUGUGUGUCCGGCCUGUGGGGGCGCCAGUGAGUGACGUCCUCUCUGCUUCUCCUGCUCCGCUCAGAGGGAAUUAUGGGAAACUGGUUUUGUACAUAAUGUCCGUCAUCGUCACUCACAGACUACUGACCCCAGACCUGCGUUUUGUAUUUUAACACGCUGAGUUUUCCUUGCGUCUCGAGGGGUCGCUGCUCCGAGGAGCGCUAGCCUCGCUUUUGUAAUGGUAGAUAGCGAUUUUCUGACGGCACAAAUCUCCCAGAACAUUUGUAAUGUGAAGAGUUAGCGGAUAGAGCUCUAGUUUUCUACUGCUUUAUGUUUGAGCUGUUUGUUAUUUUGACUCGACACGUCCGGCGUCCUGUUUCCUGAGUCCCGCAGACGGACAGACAGAGCGAGGGGACGCUUCAGCGCUCGGGUCUCUCCUUCCUCGUCGGUUUCUAAUCCUGUACAUUUACACUAUUUAUAAACACAUAUUUAUUGCUCGCAGAUGUUUGUGGAUGGAAUGCUGUUAUUUUCCCAGAGUUCCUGCCAUUAAAGCUGGAGGAGUGCGUCUC